UCUCUCUCUCUCUCUCUCUCUCUCUCUCUCUCCCCUUCCAAUCAUCCUUUUAACUAAUACUACUUAAUUAUUCAGAUCGAUUUCUUCAUGUUUGAUUCCCAUUUUCCUAUUAUUAAAGCAUUUUGGACCCAGAUCGUUCUUUUCUCUACAUCCAUACCCUCUCAAUUCUGUUUCUGUUAAGAUUUGGGGGUAAUUUGGAACGGUUUCAUUGGUUUUUUUUUUCUUCCGAAAAGUGGGGUGAUAUGCGUGGCAUUUGUAUAUGAGGAACCCUAAAAUGAUUAACGUCUUCCUUCAUGUUCCUUUGAUGAAGCCUCAUUGGAUGAUUCUGUUUUUUCCUGGUUAGAUUACAGGUUAUUGGUGAAACUUAUAACUUUCUGCUGGUUGAUGUAAUCAUGGACCAUUCAGAGAUAGAAGAGAAAUUGUUUGCACUUGGCGAACCAAAGUUACAUGGAGGAAUGUGCUCAACACUCUCUUCCAUCUACAUCAAAGUGUUGAGUAUUUUUCCGGACCUUGAAGCAGCUCGGCCUCGGAGCACUUCAGGAAUUCAGGCAUUAUGUUCAUUGCAUAUAGCGUUGGAGAAGACAAGGAAUCUUCUUCAACAUUGUGCGGAAUGUAGUAAACUUUAUCUGGCCAUAACUGGAGACUCGAUCGUUCUAAAAUUUGAGAAGGCAAGAUCUGCUCUGCAAGAUAGUCUUAAGCGGGUUGAAGAUAUCGUCCCACAAACAAUAGGUGCUCAGAUUUGUGUUAUUUCUGGUGAACUUGAAGGAAUAGAGUUUUCUGUUGAUCCAUUAGAGAAGCAAGUAGGUGAUGAGAUAAUCGGAUUGCUGCAAGAAGGGAGAAAUUUCAACAGCAGCUGUGACGUUAACGAGUUAGAAACCUUCCACCAGGCUGCAUCUAGACUCGGUAUCACUUCUUCAAGGGGAGCUCUUCGUGAGAGAAGGUCUCUCAAGAAACUCAUAGAAAAAGCUAGGAUCGAGGAUGACAAAAGGAAAGAAUCCAUUGUGGCUUAUCUCUUGCAUCUCAUGAGAAAAUACUCAAAAUUAUUUAGAAGCGAUUUCUCAGAUGACAAUGAUUCACAGGGUGGGUCGACCCCUUCUUCACCCACACUCCGCGGAUCUUUUGAAGGUGGGACCCAUGGUUUUGAACGGCAGCUCUCGAAAUUGAGUUCUUUUAACUUCAAACCGAACUUCAGGAGAUCUGGGCAGAUGUCAAUGCCACCUGAAGAACUAAGGUGCCCGAUAUCAUUGCAACUGAUGUAUGAUCCGGUCAUCAUUGCCUCCGGGCAGACAUACGAGAGGAUUUGCAUUGAGAAAUGGUUCAGUAGCGGGCAUAACACCUGCCCGAAGACACAGCAGCAGUUGGCUCAUCUUUGUUUGACUCCUAAUUACUGUGUGAAGGGUCUAGUUGCUAGUUGGUGUGAACAGAAUGGUGUUUUGGUUCCGGAAGGGCCACCUGAUUCCCUCGACCUCAACUACUGGAACCUAUCUUUGUCCGAGACCGAGCUGACAAAUUCAAGAUUGGCUGAAAGUAUCGGAUCCAGCAAGUUCGAGAGAGAAGGAGAUGAACUUGAGGUUGUGCCUGAGCAUGAAGGCAAGGUCUUUGAAAGAUACGAGGAUUUCUUGACCAUUUUGGACAUGGGAGAUGAGACGAGAAAGCUUAGAGUCAUUGAGCAGAUACGGCAUUUGUCAAAGGAUGACGAAGAGGCUCGGAUCCUUAUGGGUGCUAGUGGUUUUGUUGAAGCAUUGCUACAGUUCUUCGAGGCUACGGUGCGUGAAAGAAACGCUGCUGCUCAGGAAUGUGCAGCCAUGGCGCUUUUCAACCUCUCUGUUAAUAACAACAGGAACAAAGAGACGAUGUUAGCAGCCGGAGUACUUCCUUUGCUAGAGGAAAUGAUCAUAAACUCGAGUUCUCCGGGAGCAGUGGCGGCUCUGUGCCUGAACCUUUCCUGUUUAGAAGAAGCGAAACCCGUCAUUGGUUCAAGCGAGGCCGUUCCUUUCUUGAUCCAGGUUCUCGAGAAUGGGGAGGAUUCCGAAUCUAAAUCCGAUGCUCUUCAUGCUCUCUACCAUCUUUCAACUUGUCAUUCUAACAUCCCCAGGCUCGUGUCAUUAGGCAUCCUCAACACCCUUCAGCAUCUGAUUGACGAUAACACGUGGAUCGAAAACGUGAUUGCGGUCUUGACCAACAUGGCUAACUCAGCCAAAGACGAGAUCGUAUCGACUAACGGUUUGGUUAGUGGGCUUUCGAUGGUUCUUGAUCUCGGCGAGCCUAUGGUGCAAGAGCAAGCUGCAGCUUGCCUGCUGAUUUUAUGCACCGGAAAUGAGAAGUGCAUCCAGAUGGUUCUUCAAGAAGGAUCGAUACCUUCUUUAGUGUCUAUUUCAGCUGAUGGGACGGUUAGAGGGAAACAAAAGGCGGAGAAACUAUUGAUGCUUUUUAGGGAGCAUCGGCAGCGUGAGCCACCGGUGGAUCACACACAGCAGUGCAAUAUCGGCGAGAUAGGUGUGGGCCUGGUUGAUGUGGACCGGAAGGCUUUAACCAAGCAUGGGUCCAGGAGAAAGAUGGGGAGAGCUUGGAGUUCUUUGUGGAAAAGCAAGAGUUUCUUGGUGCACCAGUGUUGAACCAUGGUUGGAUGGCUUGGUGCACCAUACGAUUGGGACUCGGACCUGUUGUAUAAGUUUAUUGGUUGUCGCAGGACUUGGUCCCAUAUGGUUCUGACUUGUAAAUUCGUUUAAUCUAAUUUCCUGUCUUAUAGGAAAUAGCAUCUUUUGUUUUUUGUUUCAGAUAAAGGUAAAAUUUGCCUA